AUGGCCGACGUGUUCCCGGGCUCCGAGCCCGGCGCAGACCCGGAGGCGGCGCGGCGCUUCGCUCGCAAGGGCGCCCUGAGGCAGAAGAACGUGCACGAGGUGAAGGAGCACAAAUUCAUCGCGCGCUUCUUCAAGCAGCCCACCUUCUGCAGCCACUGCACCGACUUCAUCUGGGGAUUUGGGAAGCAAGGAUUCCAGUGCCAAGUUUGCUGUUUUGUGGUUCAUAAGAGGUGCCAUGAGUUUGUUACCUUCUCCUGUCCUGGGGCUGACAAGGGACCCGACACUGAUGAUCCCAGAAGCAAGCACAAGUUCAAGAUCCACACCUAUGGGAGCCCCACCUUCUGUGACCAUUGUGGGUCACUGCUCUACGGGCUCCUGCACCAGGGGAUGAAAUGUGACACCUGUGAUAUGAAUGUUCACAAGCAAUGUGUGAUAAAUGUCCCAAGCCUCUGUGGCAUGGACCACACCGAGAAGAGAGGAAGGAUUUAUCUGAAAGCUGAAGUCACUGGUGACAAACUGGAAGUUACAGUGAGAGAAGCAAAAAACCUCAUUCCCAUGGAUCCAAAUGGACUUUCAGAUCCUUAUGUCAAACUGAAGCUCAUCCCAGAUCCUAAGAAUGAGAGUAAACAAAAAACAAAAACCAUCCGUUCCACCCUGAAUCCGGACUGGAAUGAGUCAUUCACGUUUAAAUUAAAACCUACAGACAAAGAUCGCCGGUUAUCCGUAGAGGUCUGGGACUGGGAUCGAACAACCAGGAAUGAUUUCAUGGGAUCUCUCUCUUUUGGGGUGUCAGAGCUUAUGAAAAUGCCAGCCAGUGGAUGGUACAAGCUGUUGAAUCAAGAAGAGGGUGAAUAUUACAACGUUCCAAUUCCAGAUGCUGAUGAAGAUGGAAAUGCAGAGCUCCGACAGAAGUUUGAGGACUGUCAUGUAAAUAUCCACUUCUUCAAGAAAGCCAAACUUGGGCCAGCUGGUAACAAAGUCAUUACUUCAACAGAAGACAAGAACUCAAGUGUGCCAUCCAACAAUCUGGACAGGGUGAAGCUGACAGAUUUCAACUUUCUCAUGGUUCUUGGAAAGGGGAGCUUUGGGAAGGUGAUGCUGGCGGACAGGAAGGGCACAGAGGAGCUCUAUGCAAUCAAAAUCCUGAAAAAAGACGUGGUGAUCCAGGAUGAUGAUGUGGAGUGCACUAUGGUUGAGAAACGAGUCCUGGCACUGCAAGACAAGCCCCCAUUCCUGACACAGCUGCACUCUUGUUUCCAGACAGUUGACCGACUGUAUUUUGUGAUGGAAUAUGUGAAUGGUGGGGAUCUCAUGUAUCACAUCCAGCAAGUAGGAAAAUUUAAGGAGCCACAAGCAGUGUUCUAUGCAGCUGAGAUCUCAAUUGGGUUAUUCUUUCUCCAUAACAGAGGGAUUAUUUAUAGAGAUCUGAAAUUAGAUAAUGUGAUGUUGGAUUCAGAAGGACACAUUAAAAUUGCUGAUUUUGGAAUGUGCAAGGAGCACAUGUUAGAUGGAGUAACAACCAGGACCUUCUGUGGCACUCCAGACUACAUUGCACCAGAGAUUAUUGCUUACCAGCCCUAUGGGAAGUCUGUGGAUUGGUGGGCAUAUGGUGUGCUGCUCUAUGAGAUGUUGGCUGGCCAGCCUCCUUUUGAUGGGGAAGACGAAGACGAACUAUUCCAAUCCAUAAUGGAGCAUAAUGUUUCCUACCCAAAAUCACUGUCCAAAGAAGCUGUCUCCAUCUGCAAGGGGCUAAUGACUAAACAUCCAGCAAAACGCCUUGGCUGUGGCCUGGAAGGUGAAAGAGACAUCAGGGAGCAUGCUUUCUUCAGGAGAAUUGACUGGGAAAAAUUGGAGAACAGAGAGAUUCAGCCACCUUUCAAACCUAAAGUGUGUGGCAAAGGGGCUGAAAACUUCGAUAAGUUCUUCACACGAGGACAGCCAGUGUUGACGCCUCCAGAUCAGCUGGUCAUUGCCAACAUAGACCAAACAGAUUUUGAAGGGUUUUCUUAUGUCAACCCCCAGUUCGUGCACCCCCUUUUAGAAAAUGUAGCAUGA